CGAAGUUGGUAUACCUUGUCCAUUUUGCCGUGGAAAAACGGUAUAAAGGACGUCUUGAAUUCAUCGGUAAGUGGUCGUAUUAGGCCGUACCGACUUGAUGAGAUGGAUCUUAAUUAGAUCGCGCGACUGUAAAAUUGAACGAUGAAGCGUAUCGGCGAAUUCUACGUGCCGAGACGAAGAAGGUGCACGGUUUAAUGCAUCGUUUUUGUAUGUUUUGCACGAGCAAUCUCGUGGCACAGCCUAGAAUACAGAAUACAGCAUAAUGGCAGCUUUGAAGACAGGUGGGCAAAAUGCUCGCAAGAAAGUUCAGGUGUCCAUGGUGAUUAGAGACGAAGUCGAAAGAAGACAUAGAGCAGGAGUGAAUUCUUUACAAUAUGAUCCAGUUUUGCAUAGAUUGUAUUCCGCUGGCAGAGACAGUAUAAUUAGGAUAUGGAAUUGUAAAAACAUGAAGGAUCCAUGUAUUCAGUCUAUGGAACAUCACACGGAUUGGGUCAAUGAUAUCGUUCUUUGCUGUGGUGGGAAGAAUGUCAUAUCGGCUAGUUCGGACACUACGGUGAAAGUUUGGAAUGCCCAUAAAGGCUUCUGUAUGUCUACACUGAGAACACAUAGAGAUUAUGUGAAGGCAUUAGCAUAUGCCAAGGACAGAGAACAAGUUGCCAGUGCCGGUCUGGAUCGAGCAAUAUUUCUUUGGGAUGUCAACACGUUAACGGCUCUGACAGCGAGUAAUAAUACAGUAACAACUUCUUCUCUUACGGGAAACAAGGAUUCGAUAUACAGUAUGGCAAUGAAUCCACCUGGGACAAUACUUGUGAGUGGUAGUACUGAAAAAGUAUUACGGGUCUGGGAUCCUCGGUCUAAUACAAAACUCAUGAAACUAAAAGGCCAUGCCGAUAAUAUUAAGGCUUUAGUACUAAGUAGAGACGGAUCGCAGUGUUUGUCAGCUAGUUCCGAUGGCACCAUCAAGCUCUGGUCAAUGGGCCAACAGUGGUGUAUACAAACCAUUAGAGUUCAUACCGAGGGAGUUUGGGCAUUAUUGGCAACUGACACCUUUAGUCAUGUCAUAUCAGGUGGUAGGGACAAAAGAGUGAUUAUGACUGAAUUAAGAAAUCCUGACCAUUAUACCGUGAUCUGUGAAGAGAAAGCGCCAAUAUUGAAAAUGGCUAUGACUCCUGAUCAGUCCAGUAUUUGGGUGGCAACUAGUGAAUCUACCAUUAACAAUUGGACCAUUAGUCAAAAGGAUUGGCAAUGCGGAGACUAUUCUGUCGAUUCUGUUACUGGUGGAGUUGCAAAUAUGACACCACGAAACACAGAGCCAGCACAGAGAAUACUCGGAGGACCGGCAAUAAGACAUUGUCAUGUCUUAAAUGACAGGCGGCAUGUAUUAACCAAAGAUACAGAAGACAACGUUGCACUUUACGACGUAUUGAAAGCUUGUAAAGUGGAAGAUCUUGGUCCUGUGGAUUUUGAUCAAGAAGUUAAGAAGAGAAAUAAGAUGGUAUAUGUUCCAAAUUGGUUUAAUGUGGAUCUGAAAACAGGGAUGCUGACUAUACAUUUAGGUCAAGACGAAAAUGAUUGCUUUUCGGCGUGGGUAUCGGGAAAAGAAGCUGGUUUGGUAGAUGACAAUGGAGUAGAUGAGAAAGUUAAUUAUGGUAAUCUGUUAUUGCAAGCCCUAUUAGAAAAGUGGUGGAAGCCAGGAGGUAUUAGUGAUCUCGAGGGCAGUGGAAAUAAUGGAGAGGAUGCAAAUAGCAUCAGAGAAGGGAAGAAGUAUUUUUCCGUACCUGGUCAUACCCCUGUUAUUUUUAGUGAGGUUGGUGGCAGAACAUUAUACAGGUUGUUAGUUCGAGAUGCAGCUGGCGAGACCGAACGUGUACUCUUAAACGAAACUGUUCCAUCGUGGGUUGUAGACAUCGUAGUGGAUAAAAAUUUACCUAAAUUUAUUAGAAUACCAUUCUUUCUCCUGCCACACUCUUCAACGGGUGUAAAGAGUUUAAAGAAAGAUCGACUUAUAGCGAAUGACUUUAUUCAAGUGCGUAAAGUAGCUGAACAUGUGUACGAUAAGGUUCUUGGAGCUGGAAGUGAUUCCGGUUCAGUAGCAGGAGGUGGUAACACAGUAUCCGGUGGAUCUCCUGCUGGUGAACGAACGAAUAACGAUUCGAACGCUGAUAACUCUUCUUUGGCCGAAGAAAAAGUUGAGCUGUUGUGCAACGAUCAGGUGUUGGAUCCUUCCAUGGAUCUAAGAACGGUGAAACACUUUAUUUGGAAGAGUUCCGUCGAUUUAACGCUUCACUAUCGACCAAUCAAAUAGUUAGGAUUCAGAUUAGUGAAUCGUGGUCCUCCGAAGUGUGCCUGGUUUUGCACUGCGACGAAGUAAUCCGUGAGUUGGCCUGCUUUUUCUUCUGCUCGCCGAGCUAUCAAGAGAUUUGACGUACGGCGCGCUUUGCUCUUGCACUGCAUACAACCAAAAACGAGUGGAGGCCCCUCGUCAAAUACCUAUUUUCGAAUGUGUGAUUUGUCAGAGGAAAGCACGGCAAAGGCAACCAAAACAUGUUGGAGCGCUCGUAACUCAAGAUAAAUUAAUCGAAAAUUGAAAAAAAAAAAAGGAAUCGAAUAUUGGCAAAUGAUAGAAUGUGUCAAAGAACACACGUUCUACAGCCAGUUGUCACCUUCAUCAAAGAAACAUAACCAUUGCAGUUAACAUAGUACCUUAACGCGAAAGAUGCAUAACGAGUGGACUGUAAAUAGUGCACAGUUAUUUUUAUUUGCCUAUCAUCCGUUUCUUGUCUUCCGACAUUCAGAAACAUCAUUGUACGCGAAGUGAGAAGUACAAAUACCACCGAGCAUCCUAUUCUGGUCUAGCGGUAAUGUGCGGAGAAACUUUUGUUGCUUUCUGUGGUAGGGAGUUCUGAUUACGCUUAUUAGCUGACAUCAAGUUAGGGCUCGAAAUGGACUCCCGUCGUAUCAUAUUUUCGGCGCGAUCUUUGACUGUGCACUUGUCUUGUUACGCCGUGUACAAGCUCAGGCGAGGAAUCUAAGAGAGAAUGCGAAUGAUGUCAAUUUAUCUUUAAUCAAACUGUACUAUGAGAGCCAAAUUAAGAGUAAUCGUUUUCCUACCGGAAACCUUUGUAGGAAAUGUAAGCAAGGACCUACAUGUCUGUAUUGGUGAGGACAAACUCAGUGUGUUGUAUAAAGACGGUUCUCCAGAAGCGUUGUUACCAGAUUUUUGCGAACUAACUGGAAUCUCAAAUAUCUUAAAUAUCUGGUCAUAAGCGGAAUUCAAGAGUAAUUAUACUAAACGUGUUACAGAUUCAAUGAGAUUUCACCUUAAGAGCUACAGGGGAUACAGGUGACUAGAUAAAGUUACGAUAGUAUAUCUUAUUCAUUAGAGCCUAUUAUGUGUAAAUAUUGAAAACGGAGUACUCGUUGCUGAAGUAGAUCAUACAUUUCCUUCCUAUCAUCAGACUUUUAUCACUCGAGUUACGAAACGAUUCAUAACGCGACCGAGGUAUCUUAACACAUUCGCGACCGCUGACGUGAAUUCACGUCUUUUCAAGUUCUACUCCUGGUUGCCGCUGACGUGAAUUCACGUCAUUUUAAAUUCUACUCCUAAUUGCCGCUGACGUGAAU